AUGGUGGACCAGAACACUGACAAUCCCAAUUCAUCAAUUCUUACGUCCGACAGUUCACAGGUAGCCAAUGAACAGGUAAAUCAAAUAUUGCAACCCCCAGACGGACAUGCAAAGAAAUCCAAGGACUCUGAUUACGUUCAAGAUCGUUUGUUUUCUACAGGAGAGAAUUCAAAAUCACAACAACAAACGAUGCAAGAAGAGAACAAGCUGGAUGUUUUCUUUGGUGAUGACAGUUUUAGUUUCCCAAGUGGAACCUUUGGAGGCUCUCCAGGACAGACAUAUGAGGAGUCCAUUUUCCAAUAA